GCUGUUGCACUGAAGCUACUGCAGAUCCCAGAUUCAGGCACUCAAGAAAGCAUUAUCAUGCUCAGAGCCCACCACUGCUGCCUUAAACUCGCAACGUAGAUCUUGAGAUUCCAACAUCCUUCAACACACGCAACAUCAUCACUACCAACACCAAUGGCAGCUGCUGAUCCAUCCCGACCUCGAUUCAGUCUGCUAGACAUCGUUAACCAGUGCGACAGCUUCCCUUAUGCGUCCGACCCAAAGUUGAACCAGCUCUCGUUCCUGGCUUUCGUGGUCGAUGACAUUCCUAUAGGCCGUAUCCACACAAGUCUAGUGCCGCACCUUGUCGCCUUUAACCAACAAUCCAGACCCGUCUUCCACAUCACCGAGACCACCGUCUCGUUCAUGCCCUGGCUCUCGGAUUACGACUCGCGAUCGGAAGCCAUCGCCCAAAUGCUGGACCAGUGGAGAAACGACCUCGACAACUUUGCCUGUCUCUCUGGCUGGAGAAAUGAGCUCUACGGCGUCUACACCCACAUCCAAGAUCCGGCAACCACCAAGGGCGGUGCUGCGCUGGCCAUUGAACGCUCCGCUUGCGGCCUUUUUGGUGUGCAUGCCUAUGGUGUUCACUUGAACGGAUUUGUACGUACGGGACCCAAGUCAGGAGAUGUUCAAAUGUGGAUCGCGCGCCGGUCUCUCACGAAGCCGACAUAUCCAGGUAUGCUUGACAAUAUGGUCGCCGGUGGUAUGGGGUUUGGACACUCUCCAAAGUAUACGGUUCUCAAGGAGUGCAUGGAAGAGGCUACAAUCCCCGCCCAUAUUGCAGCGAAUGCCAUAUCGGUCGGAACUAUCUCUUAUACCAAGCUCUCGAAGGAUGACAAACAGACACAGCCAGAAACCCAGAUCGUAUAUGACUUGGAGCUGCCAAAGGAUUUGGUACCAGCACCCUGCGAUACCGAAGUUGAGGACUUUCGUUUGUGGAGCAUGGACCAGAUUCUGGAUGCAAUCCAUCUUGGUGAAUUUAAACCAAAUUGCGCCUGUGUCUGUCUGCACUUUAUGGUUCGGCAUGCAGUGCUCACCCCAGAAAACGAACCGGAUUACUUGGAUAUCGUCCAGCGCCUCCAUCGUCGCAUUGAAUACCCAGCUCCAAAAAAAUGGCCGACGUUCAAGGAAGAGUACUAAGGGCCUAUAUCAAUAAAGUAAACUAGCGGCACAGACUAGAAAAAGGAUAGCCGAGUGAAUGGUGAUAAACGGUAACUGGCUUG